UCUUCUCAUCUUUACCCUCUUCCUGUUCCUUGUAAUCAUCUUGAAAAACGAGCAAGAAAAACAAAAUUCUCCAUCUUAUUGAUUGUUGGUGAAGAAAAAAUUUUCGUUCGUAUGUUUGUUAUUGUCCACAAUCAAUUGUUCCUUUUACGUCUGUUAAUCCUGUUUUUCUCUUUUUAAUUGUAACACUUCGUUCUCCAAAAAGAAAUAAGCUUCAUUUAAAUUGUUUAAUUUGUUUACUUGCAAGAUAAAUUGUCUACUAUUAAAUAGAAAUUUAAUAAUCUUCUCUAUCUUGGUGGUCCAAACCGGAGUCCAUUCCAAGUGUUUUUUUCUAUUCUCUUUCAGUGAAAAAAUAUUCUAUUCUAUUUGAUUCUGUUUUUGUUUUUCUUCUUACCUCUGCCAUAUCUACUCGUUUUUUUUGCUUUCUCUCUCUGUGUGGGGUAAAAAGUAUUAGUAUCAUUUACUUGAGAAGUGAAAGUACGAGGGAAAAAAAGAAAUUACCUGACCUGUGAAAAAGAAAAGGUAAAUCUCGUCAAAGUGAUCCUUUCUUUUUUUCCUCUCUUUCUCUAAAAGAAGCUCUUCUUUUUCCCUCCAAUGACCUCCAAUCUACCAUCUUGUUCAACUUUCACAUGGGACUCAUCCAAUCAUCAUCCUCACACUGUUUCUCACCAUCGUCAUUUUCACCAUCAUUCACCUCAACAUCAUGAUGCUAAUUCAUGGAAAACUUAUGAGACUUAUCAAAACACUGAUGAUAAUCAAAGCUAUAAAGAUAAUCUAAAAGAUAUCGACAAUCAAUCAAAGGGAUCAUCAACCAUUUCCUUUAAAAAUAAAAGUGAUUCCUCAACUGUGUAUACCCAUGGACCCAUCGAUGGUAAUCUCUAUGCAACUAUAACAAAACCUAAAGUAAGUGUUGUUGGUCAACAGCCUCAUCUGUCUUCAUUUAAACCACAAUCCCCACCGCCACCAAAAACUCAAGGAUCAGCUGAUAUGAAUUAUAACGAAUCUCAUGUUCGAUCCAGUAUUGAUUCUGGAAUCUCAUCAGUUAAUUCAAAUAAUAACAAUUCACGUCCAAUGACAAAUGUUAGUACAUUUCUACCGGUUUCAUCUCCAACAAUUAACGGUAAAUCAAAUACCCUUCGACAAUCAAAUGAAACAAAUAACAAUAUCAUCUUACCAAACGGAUAUAAUAAUAAAUUAGGUUCCGUUGUAAAUGUUGAGGCCAUAGUUCACCAUAAACCAGAAUCGAUGGUAGAAACAGAUUAUUCAACUAAUCCGUCCUCAAACUAUUCAAAUGGUAAAUUAUUCAACAACAACAGUAAUAAUAAUAAUAAUUUCUCAUCAUCUAGUACUAGUAAUACUAUUUCCGGUAUAAGUGAAGCUGAACAGGCAGCUUUAGAUGAAUUAUUGUCUGGUAUGUUAAGAGAAGUUGAAAAUUUCCCAGAUUAUCCAUUAAAUUCAACUUCAUCAACAAUUAAACGGUCAACAGAAAAACAAACAGACAAUUACAGCAAUAACAAUAAUAAUAAUGAUAAUCAUUAUGCUUCGAUCAACAAUAAUCAAGUAAAUUAUAAUUAUGAGAGUAAAAGUAUCUCAAAACAAAUAGAAAGACCAGAAUCACCGCCAAUUGAUAUUGUUGAUUGUUACCCACCUUCAGAAGAAAUCGUUAUACCCGGUGAACCUGUUCGAGUCUCUUCACCUCAACUACCCCCAUUAACCGAUCAUUUUGGUAAAAUUGAACCAUUGCCAGUUCGUUUCCUAACGAAAGCCCCUCCGACCAGCCCUGAAGACGAAAGAGGCCGCCCUUAUCACGCUCGACCUGGAAGUCAACCUUUCAGUUAUGGUGUCACUAAAUCGUCUCCAGCUCUCCAACGACGCAGAGUUGUAUCUGAAUCUACUGCUUAUAUUUGUGAAAGUCGCCCCAAGCCUGAUCCAUCAUCACCUCAACCAGUCUCCUUACCUCCUUUCAACAGUGAAACUAAACCCUCUUCGCCCGUGCCAGUGCCAGUGGCAGAGCAACAGGCUGAACCCGAGAGAGUAGUUACCACACAAUCACCACCGAAACUAAAUACAACAGUAAAUAGUUUAGAUGAAACUAUUGACGAGCAUUCAAUCCCUACCAAUGGACACCCUCAUAAAUAUUUAGGUGAGGAUGUUGAUAUCGGUAGUUUGACUUGGCUUCAGAAACAACAAUUAAAAUUGAAAAAUCGUCACGAAGGUAAAGAUUUGAGAAGCAAAGAUUUGGUUCUAGCUGAACUUCGAGGAACCAUUUCACGAGUUGAUUAUAAUGAACCCUCUGAAUCUAGAUCAUCAUCACCGUUACCAAAUCAAAUAAUCUCUGCUACUUCAUCUUCACCAAUAUCUCGAUCACCUUUGGCACUACCUAAUCUGAGUACUUCACCGAUACCAAGAUCACCUCAACCACUAAAAUCUUCAAUCAACUUAAACUCACCAACAACCCCACCACCUCUACCAUUACAAACAUCGACUCCAUCAAAAGUAUCCAAUCAAAUCAAUUCAACGUUGUCCAAUCUAACGAUCGACAAACCUUGUCAAUCUCCAUCCAUAGCAUCAAGUCCAACGUCUCCAACGUAUUCACGACCUUUACACGUAAACACAUAUGAAACACGUACCUCAUCUGUAUCCACCAGUGGUAUUACAACAACCAACAACUCCCCAAGUACACCAAACAUGUAUCUUGGUACCAAAGCUCCUUUAAACUUUAUCGCUCGACAAAAUAGCAUUCCUUCAACACCGCCUCACCAUCGAUAUGCUAGUGCUAGUGGAUCAACAUCACCUUUAACAUAUUCACAAAUUAAAGAUAAUUAUGGUCGAACAUUAAGUUCACCCGAACCAGGCCGUGAUUCUCCCUCCGUUUAUUUCGGUCAAUCUCAACGAUCUAGUUUAUUAUCGCUAAACGAAUCCGACAUAAUCUCUCAACAUCCAACAUUCAUCAAAGAUACCUCUAAAUUCUGGUACAAACCAACAAUCCCCCGAGAAGAUGCAAUCAAAAUCUUAUUGGAUAAGCCUCCAGGUACUUUUAUAAUUCGAGAUAGUAACUCGUUUCCUGGUGCAUUUGGUCUUGCUCUGAAAGUCGCUCAGCCUCCGCCUGAUGUUCAAACUAAAUCAGGUGAUGCAUCUCAUGAGCUUGUUCGUCACUUUCUUAUCGAACCAACCUCGAAAGGAGUUCGAAUCAAGGGUUGUCCAAAUGAACCUGUUUUCGCAAGUCUUCCAGCUCUAGUUUAUCAGCAUUCGAUAACUCCUCUAGCAUUAUCAUGUAAAUUAAUAAUCCCUGAUUGUGAUUUAACCCUUUCAAGAGGACACUCAGGGUCACUUCUCAAUUCUGGAUUGACUGGAACUCUUUCCAGAGCCGCUGUUGCUUCCGAAGCUGCUGAAAUACUAGCCCAAGGAGCUGCUUGCAAUGUUUUAUACCUGCUGACCGUUGGAACCGAAUCACUGACCGGUCCAUUAGCGGUUCGUAAUGCAGUUACUGAAUUAUUAUCUCGAACAUCGUUACUCGAUGAAAUUAUUGUACAUUUCAAGGUUUCCAAUGCCGGGAUCACAUUAACGGAUAAUAGUCAUCGAAACUUUUUCCGACGACAUUAUCCAUUAUCAACGAUAAGUCACUUUGACGUUGACCCUGAAGGAAGAUGCUACAAACCGAAAACAAGUAACACCCGAACCAGUCAACUAUUUGGUUUCGUGGCUCGAGCUAGAGGUCUUAAUCAACCAAGCAAUAAUAACGAGUGCCAUUUAUUUGCCGAGUUUGAUGAAGACCAGGCGACCUCGGCGAUAGUCAAUUUCGCAAACAAAGUCAUUCUAUCAGCUAACAAAUAAUUAUGACCCUACAAUCAAUUACAAUAUGACUUUGUAAACUUUCUGUGACGAUCCAAAUAUGCGACAAGAAGCAUAUUGUAUUUACAACAUUACAGAGAAAUACCGAAAACUAAACGAAACUUGUUUCGCUGUAUGUACAAUGUACCUUCAUCCGUUUGUUUUUUUGCCCUGUUUGGCAGUUUGACUGAUGGAUAGAAAAUAUUAUCAAUUGUCCUGCAUCCUCUUUCCUUAAUAAUUAUCAUCAUCAUCAUCAUCUUCAUCAUUGUAAGUUUCCUUUGAUACUCACAAGAUACUUACAUUUAUGUGAGAUGAAAGUUAUCAUACUUGGUGUUUAAUUUCAUUACACGAGCCCAUCGAUGUAACGAGUUCAACUGAUUAACAUUAACCAUUCUCGUUAGUUAAUCAAGUAAUUUGAGAGCUCACAACACUCGAUUAAUUUUGAAAGAUAUUAUAAUACUAUUAAUAAUAAUAUAAUGAUAUCUUUUUCUGCCCUUUUAUGGGUACAAUAUACACACACAAACAUAUUAUAAAUAUUACACUCAUAUGCUAUUUAAGCGCAUGUUAAUCUGGUUUUGUUGAUUGAUUCUGUUGAUUCUGUUUCUCAUGAUUCUGGUUUACUUAUUUACUAUUAUAUUUUAGGGUAACACCAUUGAAAACAUUCAACAGUCUUUGUUACUGUUAACCUUUUUUUUCUUGUUUAUGUUAUCAUGUUAACAAUAAGAUUAUAUAUCAUUGCCGUUGAUGUUUAAUGAUUGUUGAUUUGGUAGCUGAACGCACACACCAAUUACAUAUUCAGAUCAAUUGAAUGGUAAUCAAUUGUUUUCUCCAUCAAUUCAACAACAAUUAACCUUGGAAACCUGAUUAAUACAAUUUAAAAACAGAAACAAAUAUUAUUAUUAAUACAUUGAACGUCAACAGUUUCAUUCAUUAUGGAUUCACAAUUAAACCCUAAUUUGUUGAACAAAUUAAUUGCCGUUUAACUUUGAUGAUGUUAAUUGUAAUAAAUGAUCAUUGAUGGUCGUUUCUCUUUAUUAAUUGGAUCAAAUGAUGAUCAUCAAUUAUUUAAUCAUCUAUUUACGUUUGCGUAAUUGUCAACAAUCAACUUAAUCCAAAACAAUCACCUUAAUUUCUUGGAUUGAGAUUUGUCUCUUUACUUUAAUCAUUUUCAUUUUGUUGAUGCUCCAUCUUCAUCCAUCCAAUCCCACUCUCUCUCUCAUCAUCAUCUUUAAAUUGUCAUCAAUUGUAUCCCUUGACAAAAAACAAUUAACUCAAGUUAACUGAACAAUCAAAUUCAGACCAAUUCAAUGUUUCAGACAAUCAAGAGAAACAAUUUAUAAAUUGUCUCAAUUAACUUUGUUUCUACUCAAAUUUAAAUUGUAUCAUAACAAUGUUGACCAAACAAUUCAUAUUAUCCUCUAAAGAUUGACAAAUCCUUAAAUUAAUAAUUAAUCACAGAAUCAAAUCAACUAAUUAACCAAUCAAUAAUUGAAAGUUACAAAAAAAAAAUUACUAAAAUCCAAUCAAAUGUAAUAUAUUGAUCAUGAGUAUAUCCUGUUAAAAUAGUUAAUCAAUUUAGUGACGACAAUUAAUGGAAAGUAUUUUAUUUAAUUGUAAUAACAUUAACGAAGUAAGAAAAAAAAAGUUAAUCAAAAUUAACAACAAUCAAGAAGUAAAUUGAGUAAGAAAAAAAUGAAGCAAUAAUUAUUUCCUUAUCCGUUUCCUUGGUGUUGUCAAAAUUAAUCAAUCAAUUGAAAUGAAGAAACAGAAACACAAUCACAAUUAACUUUUAAAAUGAAUUAAAAGUGAAAUUGUUACAAAUACAAGUAAUUAACACAAUCAUCAAGUUUUAAUUGUAAUUAAAAUGAAAACAAAAAUCUCUUCCAUCCAAUGAAACCAAAAUCUAUCACAAAUAAAGACAAAAAGUAUAUAAUAACUGAUUGAAAUUGUUUCCAAUUUAAUUUCUCAACAAUUAAUCAUUCAUUUUAAUGAUGACAUUGGAUAAAUUUUCUGACGACAAUUAAAACAUUGAUGAUCAUUCAACUGUUAAUUGUUACCUUGAAAGUGAAAACGUUGAAUCGUUUCACUGAAUUUAAGAUUAUGAUGGUUUCCAAUGAUGAUAAUAGUUGGAGAGGUGAGUAUUUCGUAAUUAAAGGAUUGAUUCAGUUGACAAUUUAAACCCAAUUCUAAUUAUUAUCAUGACAAGAUCAUUGUCCCGCUCAACAAUCAAUUCACCAUGAAAUGAGCAAAUUCAACCAUGAGAAUGAAUUUUUUUCCCUGUUUGAUUGUUACACUUUUAUUGCUUUCAAUUGAUUGCUGGUUGUUGUUGAUGUGUCUCACCAUUGAAUUAACUUUCUCACAAUUUAGUCUCUCAAUUGUCAACAAUUAAAUCAACCAACCGAGUAAUUUACAGAGUGUAUAUUAUUAAACACCAGUUAAUCAAUAAGCAAUUGAUUCAUUGUGUUUGAUCAGUAUAACAAUUUGUUAAUCAACAGCUUUUUGAUAAACAUUUCAUCUCGAUCAAUUCUGUUUCUUUUUAAAUAUUACUUGACAAUUAACUUGUUUGGAGUAACAAUCAAGCAUUUUCACUCUCAAUUAAAUCAAUAGUAAUCAUUAUCGUCAAGACAAUCUCAUGUAAAUCAAGUCAUUAGCAAUUAAUUACUCUCAGAUCACAUUCAGUUUGCUGUUAUUCAGCUGAUUAGCUUCAUUUAAAUUAACACAAUUAUGGACAAUCAAACUUAGAUUUUGAUUGAAUAAUUUUAUUUAAAUUGUUUUUUCUGUUAAGCUUAAUAAGCUUAUUGUCAUUCUGAUGAUGAUUUAUCUUAUUCCGAUAAUUCAUUUGAACAAUAAAUGUCACGAUUAAGAAGCGGAUUAGACAUGAAAGAUCAGGUUCACUUCCUGUCCACUUAUGUAAAGGAUUAACUUGAGCGAUUAUCUUGAAGACGAUGUGGUCAGUGUUGAAUUUCAUCAUCUUUGACCUUCCAUUAUCAUUGAAAUGGUGAAGUUGACAUGAAAUAUGAAGGUUGUUAAGGGUUGAGACGAUUGAGAGGAUUAAGAGGAUUAAGAGUUUCAGAUUUGAAAGAUCAUCAUUUUCAUGAAUUAAACUUUCAUUUGAUUUUGAUUCUAAUUUAAAGUUGAGUCUCCAAAUUGUGUCUUGUGUUGAUCAAUGAAACCAAAUUGAACUUUGUGAUUACCUAAUUGUUGUUGUAGUAAUUAAAUAUUGAGAACAAGUUUUCUCAAUUCAUCCCAAAAAGGUAACUUCUCAAUUAUCAACAAUCAACUAAUCAUCGCGCUCAAUCAAUAGUAAUUGAUUUAGAUCGUUAACAAGAUUAUUUAUUAACUAAUCAAAUGAAACCACCAACAAUUUGCAAUCAAUAUUCAACAAUUAGAAAGUAAAAAAGUCUAAUGGACAAAUAAUUUGUCGAUUCGUUGAUUAUAAUUAGUUAGCCAGUUGAUUCCAAUCAAAAUAUUAACAAUUAUGUUUCUUUUGGGUAACAAUCAAGAGAUUGAUUUUCAAUCUCUGUUAAUAAACAUAUUUAAUUAUCGUUAAACUGUCAACUCUAAAUCACUGAUUAUACUCAAGUUAAUCAUUAAUCAAUCAAUCUGAUUGACUGAAAUCUUAUCCAAGUUAAUCAUAUCAUCAGGUAGUCAUUUCCAAUGUAAUUUAAAACAAUUUAAACGUCAUUGGGAGUUAAUUGUUGAUCGUCAACUUAAUUGUUGUUAACCUUAAAUGUCAGCUUAUAAUUAAUAAAAUGUAAUUAGUUUAAUCAGAUUAGUCGUAAUUAGUUUGUUUUCUGAAUCGCAAUUGAAAAGUUAUUAAAAUUAAGGAUUUAAAUUGCUGAUUCAAUUUAACCAUCAUCAUCAGGAUUAACUGGAUUAACCAUAAUUUUAAUCAUUAAUCAACAUUACAAUGAGCCAAUAUUAAAGUAAUUUAUUCAUCAUUUAAUUACUAAUUUGGAAACAAUUUACUGUUAAUCUAUUGAGCAAUUAAAUCUGAUUAAGUAAACUGGAUUAACACAUUUGAUUGUCUGACAAUCAACUUAACAAUUGAAUGAAUUUGUAAUGAUAACCAAAAGCUGGUUAACAAUUAAGUUUUAUCAUCAAUCAAUGUUGGCACCUUUUAAUUGUUAAAUGAUCACAAUUAAGAAAGUUAAUUUGUUUACCUAAAUUUGUUAUCGAUAUUUGUAAUCAUUGAUUUAAUCAACAAUUAGAAAACAAUUUACAAUUAAAAAUUUAUUCAUGAUUAACAAAUUAUUCUUGAUUCAAUUGUUAAUUUAUUUUUUUCUGUUACAAAAUUUAAAACUAAAUCUAAUUAACUUUAAUUGUUUGCUAAGUUAAUACUUCCUGACAAUUUAAAAUAAUUAAUUAAUCAAUUGAAAUUGAUAUAUAUUGUAUUCAAAUAUGAUACAUUAAGGAUAUUCAAGAUAAUUUAAAUUGUUAAUUUAAUUGUAAAUUUGUGAAACCAAUUUUUUGUGGGUUUGUCUGUCACAAUUAAAUUCAAUUGAAUCGGUGAUCAAAUUGAUUAGCAAUUGAUUUGCCUGAAUGAUUAACAAAUUGUUAUGACAAUUAGUUAUCAACAAACAAGCAAAAAAAAAGUAAAAACAAACUGUCAUCUUCAGUCAAUCAGUUUAAAUGAUAAUCAUAAUGACAACAAUUAAGUAAACAAAUUCACAACAAUUUAAAUCACUCAACAUGAUAACAAUUAUAUACUCACAACAAUUAGCAAUUAAUAAUAAAAAAAAAUUGAAUAAUAAACAAAGAAAACCAAUCGGUUUGUUUAUAUUAAUAAUUUUCUGGUUAAAAUGAUUGAAAACCAAAACUUGAACAAUCAGUAAAUUGUUGACAUAAUGAAGAUGAUGAUUGAAUGAACUCCAAUCGAUUAAAGUUAAUUGUUGUACAUUAAAUUAACUAAUUAAACAAACAGAAAACUGAACCAAAAUGAAACCAAUCAUAUGAAUUAACUUUUCCCUCUGAUAGUUGCGUGUUGUCCAAUAUUAGAUCCUGAUGGUUUAUUGAUUAACCUUUAAACAUUUUAUUUCACCUUGAUUAUGAUUCAAGUCUCUCAUCAUCAUCAUCAUCAUGAUUAUCAUGAAAUUCAUGAUGAUGAACCUUAACUAUUAUCAUCGAAACCACUGCCAAGUUAAAUAUACACAUCGAUGAAUAAAUUAACUGAAUGGAAAUCGUUGAGUUGGUGAAUUGUUUUGUUUUUUUCACUUCCAAACCAAAUCAUCACUUUUUGUUGUAUUUUAAUUGUUACAAUUUGAUUCUAAAUCAACGUCAACCGAGUUGCAACAUUUCAAGGUGUUCCCUCAGUUGAGUUAAUCGGAUUUAGUUCCAACAAUUAAAUGAGCCUCUCAUUUGCCUCUCUGUCUAUUUGACUGUCUUCUAAUUUUUUCCUCUUAAUUUGAUUUAGAGAGAGAGAGAGAAAAAAAAUACGUUAAUUGUUGAGGGUUAAUUGUUUACGAUUUUCGGGUUUAAUUGUUGAUUAACUGAUAGCUCACGUAUUUACUAUUCGUUAGCCAAGUGUCUGUCUUUAAGUUGCUUUUUUCGUGUUCAACUGAAACCGUUUAAUUUAAUUACCAUUUCUAAUCAUCAUGUUGAUUAAAUUGUGAACCCCCUGAGGCCAUCAAAUUAUACAACAAUCACUGAGAUUAUGCCCUAUUCAAUGAUAUCUAAUCUCUUGUACUCUCUUAAUUUGUGUACUGUUGAUAUGCUGCUCAAUCAUCAUUCUAAUUACCAUAAUCAUCAUUAAAGUGUAAUGUAGCUCUAAAUUGAUUGGUUAAAUGUUGUAUUACUUUAAUCAAAAACAAUCAAGGAAUGUCAGUCAAUUUUGAUCCAGUUGAUUCAAAUUUACCACCAGCACACAGUUUGGUUCAAUCAUCUUCAUCUUCAUCUUCGUCCUCAUCAUGUUCAUCACCGAAAAAAUUAACAUCAGUCUGCAAGUUAAUUGCUUUUCCAAAUAAUCAUAAUAAUGAUUCUGCUUCAUCCUCAUCCUUGUCUGUCAACGAUUCUUAUUAUAACAAGAAACAUCAUCAACUUAAUGAUCAACGGGAAUAUUUAGAUAACUGUACAUUUAAACACUGUAGAGUUUCAUCAUUAUCAUCAUCAUCAUCCUCUCCAUCAUCUUCAGUUGAUUCCAUGGGUGAAAAUAGCCGGAAAUCAUUGGAUAAAAGUUACUCAACAAUCAACGAUACAACGGAUAACAGAUUAGACCAAGAAUGGUGUUCAGCCCGAAAAAGGCAAUUAGAUGAGAUUCUAAUUAAAUUACAGCAACUUCGUAAAGUAAAUCUUGAUGAUCGUGAAAACAUUGAAGGGAUGAAAAAGAAGACAAUUAAAUUAAUCGCAACUUAUUCUAGUAUCACCAUGAAAACAAAUAAUUUUCUAACUCGUUGGGAACGGAAAUAUGGAUCUAAACUCAAGGCAAUUCAAGCAAUUAAACCAUCGUCAUCAUCAUCAUCAUCUCCUUCUUGCUCUUCCCCUUCACCAACUUCUCCAUUCUCUCCUAAUAUUUAUGAUGAAAAUUCGAGCCUAAUUACCUGUUCAAUUCAACACCAAUUUGGUAGAAAACAAGCAAACUAAUCAUUAGGAAAAUCUCUCAGAAACUAUUGUCAUCAAAUGAUUUAAUUGUUACCCAUUAAUCCAUUUCCAGAGCUCAAACUAAUCAUCACAAUUUUCACAAUCAAAGUUAGAAGUCAACAGUCAAGUAAAUUUGAUUUCGACAAGUAUUAAUUACCUCAUGAAGAAGAAAAAUUUACCAGUAACAACACAAAACCAUCAUUUUCUCAUAAGGAACUUUCUUGUCCAAUGAGAAAUUGAUAUGAUACCAGUCGAACCCAAAUAUAACCAUGAUUACUCUUGCUACUCCCAAAAUAUUGAUCCUGAGAUGAAAACGAAUAUGACCUUGGCCUUAUAAAGAAAAAAGCAUAGAAAAGGGAAGAGAGAGAGAGCCAAUUAUUUGUUCCUCUCCAAUGAGAAGUGUGUUACUUUACCCAUAAAGACCUCCAAGGACAAGUUGUUCAUCGAUUAUUUUUCAUCAUCAUCUUCUUCAUCAUCUUCAUCUUCUUUUCAUCUUCUACCUCUACUGAUAUAUUUACCUUAUCACCAUGAUUUCCAUCAUUAAUAUGUUGAAACAUUUUUCGAUCCAAGGAAAGAUUUUACAAAUUAAUAUAUACACUUUAUCAUAGAAACACAUAAAUAUAAUUUUAUGCAUAAGAAGAGGGAUGAAGAUGAGUAGGGAUGGAUAAUCAACAGAGGAACAAGUAAACCUCAUUAUGGAUACAAAGAGCCCUUAAAACCCAAAGGAAAAGCCAAUUGAAGCCAAAGGAGGAGUGAAAAAAGAAAGAAAAGAAAGAGAAAAGAGAAGAUAAAACUCCAAACUUGUUUGUCUUUUAUUUGCCAUAAUUUUCAUCCCAAUGUUUUCACUUUUCAUCUCUUCUUCAUCCUCAUCAGUUUCUAUUUCUAAUUUUCUUACCGAUUCCUCAUCUCUCUCCCUCUCUCCCUCUCUUCCUCUCUCGCUCUUUUAUUUUCUUUUCAUCAUCUUCUUCACAUAAUAUAACUUGUGAAUAGUGCUAAAGGGCGAUCGGCCGACCUGCCUCUUUCUUUAUCUCUCUCAUCAUCAAUUAAUGAUCUCGUAAAUUGUAACUGUCAAGUACUAAACUUAUUGUUGAAAUUUUCGCUUCUUCAAAUUGGUUAACAAUCUUACCUUCAUCUUUUCAUCUUCUUAGCUAACAAACAUUCUUGAGGAAAAGUUGAGACCCUGUAAACAACUAAACCCUCGCUGAAAAUUAUAUUCACCUUUAUCUUCCUCAUCAUCAUCAUCCCAAUCAUCAUCUUCUUCUUCGUUAUCCUCCUUUACCUUUGACCCUUCUCUCCAUCUUCUUAAUAGUUUCCACUUUAUUAUCUCAAUACUUUUGCUAAAAAACUCCUAACCUUUUGUGUUGACUUUUGUAUCUUGAGAUUUUUUUAAAACUUUACUCAAUUAAUUUAAUUGUUGUCAAUCAAAAGGUUUAAUUGUAUUUGGCUUUUGAUGCUUUUCAAUCAUCAAUAUCUAUCAUUGCCAAAAAAGGUUAACUGUUCAACAAUAAUCAAUGAUAACUUUCAACCAAAAGGCUUAUUGUUAAUUGUAAUUAAAAAAUUCACUUUAAACAAGUU